AUGGCCCCUCGCCCGGCUGAUGAACGGCAAGCCCUAGGCGCACACCCGAGCGGAUCGGCACCGCCCCGCACGGAAGGGGCCGCCAGCAGCCCUCCAGCGUCUCGGCGAUACCCCCGUGCCGCGAUCCUUGUCAGCAACACCCGCCAUGACGAACUCGGCCCCGCCAGCGCGCGCGACGAUCGCCACAUCGCCAAAAGGCCUCGGCGGCCGCCUGCUGCAUCCGCCGCCUCGACCCCGCGCAACAACGCAUUGCCCGCAGGCCGGCCGUGCGCAGCGUUGAUCAGGUCGAGCCGUGACAGCGCGACGAUGAUGGCAAUGCGGCUUGUCCCGAUCGACGACAUCGGCGAUCAGCGAUGCGGUUCCCCACCUCGCCAUCGGCAUGGGUGCGCCGCCGCCGUACAUCGAGCGUUCGACGCGCAUGACGCUCGCCAGCUUGAUCGAGGCGUGGAUCAUCGCCGCAUCCGCAUCCACCGGCAGCAGAUGCGUCGCCCGGCGGCCAGAAAGGCGCGCAGCGUUUCGGGCGCGCCAUCCGGGCAAAGAGCGAUCAGCAUCGCCGCACCGGUCGCCGCGAAUCCACCGCCCCAGCGCCAGGCGGCGCGCAGAGCAGAGUCAGCGGCGCCCCGGGCAUCGAUCAACGCCACGCGCGCCUCGCUGGCGGGAAGGACGCGACCAGCGUAUCGCCCGCCGGCGGCUCCCCAUCGCGCGGCGCCAUCGACCAGAUCGCCCAGCCGGCGCGCAUGA